CAGGUGACGCAGGAGUGGGGACAGCCCAGCUGCCACCAUGGUCGCCCUCUCACUGAAAAUCAGCAUCGGCAAUGUGGUGAAGACGAUGCAGUUCGAACCCUCCACCAUGGUGUACGACGCCUGCCGGAUGAUCCGCGAGCGGGUGCCCGAGGCCCAGAUGGGACAGCCCAAUGAUUUUGGGCUGUUCCUUUCGGAUGAAGACCCAAAGAAAGGGAUCUGGCUGGAGGCUGGGAAGGCUCUGGACUACUACAUGCUUCGCAAUGGGGACACCAUGGAGUACAAGAAGAAGCAGCGGCCCCUGAAGAUCCGCAUGCUGGAUGGGACGGUGAAAACGGUGAUGGUGGAUGACUCCAAAACCGUCACGGACAUGCUCAUGACAAUCUGUGCCCGGAUCGGCAUCACCAACUACGAUGAGUACUCGCUUGUUCGGGAGAUUAUGGAAGAGAAGAAGGAGGAGGUUACCGGCACCCUCAAGAAAGACAAGACCCUGCUGCGAGAUGAGAAGAAGAUGGAAAAGCUCAAGCAGAAAUUGCACACGGAUGAUGAGUUGAAUUGGCUGGACCACGGCCGGACCCUGCGCGAGCAAGGCAUCGACGACAACGAAACGCUGCUGCUGCGGCGCAAGUUCUUCUAUUCCGAUCAGAACGUGGACUCGCGAGAUCCCGUGCAGCUCAACCUGCUCUACGUGCAGGCUCGUGACGACAUCCUCAACGGUUCCCACCCUGUCUCCUUUGACAAAGCCUGCGAGUUUGCCGGCUACCAGUGCCAGAUCCAGUUUGGGCCGCACAAUGAACAGAAGCACAAGCCAGGCUUUCUGGAACUCAAGGAUUUCCUGCCCAAGGAGUACAUCAAGCAGAAAGGGGAGCGCAAGAUCUUCAUGGCCCACAAGAACUGCGGGAACAUGAGCGAGAUCGAGGCCAAAGUUCGCUACGUGAAACUUGCCCGUUCCCUCAAGACCUACGGAGUCUCCUUCUUCUUGGUCAAGGAGAAGAUGAAAGGGAAGAACAAGCUGGUGCCACGGCUGCUGGGGAUUACCAAGGAGUGUGUGAUGCGUGUGGACGAGAAGACCAAGGAAGUGAUUCAGGAGUGGAGCUUGACCAACAUCAAGCGUUGGGCAGCCUCGCCCAAGAGCUUCACCCUGGAUUUUGGAGAUUACCAGGAUGGUUACUACUCGGUGCAGACAACGGAGGGGGAGCAGAUCGCCCAGCUGAUUGCCGGCUACAUCGACAUCAUCCUCAAAAAGGUGAGGCUCAAAGACCACUUUGGACUAGAGGGGGAUGAGGAGUCCACCAUGCUGGAAGACUCUGUGUCUCCAAAGAAGUCGACUGUCUUGCAGCAGCAGUUUAACCGUGUAGGCAAGGCGGAGCUGGGCUCGGUGGCCCUGCCAGCCAUCAUGCGGACAGGGGCUGGAGGGCCAGAAAACUUCCAGGUGGGCACGAUGCCGCAGCCUCAGCUGCAAAUCACCAGUGGCCAGAUGCACCGAGGGCACAUGCCUCCCCUGACUUCAGCCCAGCAAGCCCUGACCGGCACCAUCAACUCCAGCAUGCAGGCUGUGCACGCAGCCCAGGCCACGCUGGAUGACUUCGAGACCUUGCCACCCCUCGGGCAGGAUGCUGCAUCCAAAGCUUGGCGCAAAAACAAGAUGGAUGAGUCAAAGCAUGAGAUCCACUCCCAAGUGGAUGCUAUCACUGCCGGCACAGCCUCGGUGGUCAACCUUACUGCAGGGGAUCCAGCGGACACAGACUACACCGCCGUGGGCUGCGCCGUCACCACCAUCUCUUCGAACCUGACGGAGAUGUCCAAGGGCGUGAAGCUGCUGGCUGCGCUGAUGGAGGACGAGGGAGGGAAUGGGCGGCAGCUUCUGCAGGCAGCCAAGAACCUGGCAAGCGCCGUCUCGGACCUGCUGAAAACGGCACAGCCUGCCAGCGCUGAGCCCCCCCGAAACCCCCGGGAGGCUGCCGGCCUCGUGGGCCAGACCAGCGGGGAGCUGCUGCAGCAGAUCGGGGAGAGCGACACCGACCCUCGUUUCCAGGACAUGCUCAUGCAGCUGGCCAAGGCGGUGGCCAGCGCCGCCGCCGCGCUGGUACUCAAAGCCAAGAACGUGGCUCAGAAAACGGAGGACGCAGCGCUGCAGACGCAGGUGAUUGCUGCUGCCACCCAGUGCGCCCUGUCCACCUCCCAGCUGGUAGCCUGCACCAAGGUUGUGGCUCCCACAAUCAGCUCCCCGGUUUGCCAGGAGCAGCUGAUUGAGGCUGGCAAGCUGGUGGCCAAGUCAGCAGAGGGCUGCGUGGAGGCCUCCAAGGCGGCCACCAACGAUGACCAGCUCCUGAAGCAAGUAGGGGUGGCAGCCACAGCUGUCACCCAGGCCCUGAAUGACCUGCUGCAGCACAUCAAGCAGCACGCCUUGGGUGGGCAGCCCAUCGGGCGCUACGACCAGGCCACCGACACCAUCCUCAACGUCACCGAGAACAUAUUCAGCUCUAUGGGCGAUGCUGGGGAAAUGGUGCGGCAGGCUCGUAUUCUGGCCCAGGCCACCUCUGACCUCGUCAAUGCCAUCAAAGCCGACGCGGAGGGUGAGACGGACCUGGAGAACUCGCGCAAGCUGCUGAGCGCGGCCAAGAUCCUGGCUGAUGCCACUGCCAAGAUGGUGGAGGCUGCGAAGGGAGCUGCAGCCCACCCGGACAGCGAGGAGCAGAAGCAGCAGCGGCUGCGCGAGGCAGCAGAAGGGCUCCGCAUGGCAACAAACGCCGCAGCCCAGAACGCCAUCAAGAAGAAGCUCGUGCACAAGCUGGAGGUGAGACGCCAGACAAGGGGGCUGCGGAGGGCAAGCAGACAUGGUCAGCGAGCGAGACCUGGCCGGGAGCCCCCGCAUCCCUGCACUUUCCAGAGGGUUAAGGUGGUGGCAGAGCAGAUCCCGAUGCUGGUGCAGGGCGUACGAGGAAGCCAGUCCCAGCCGGACAGCCCCAGCGCCCAGCUGGCUCUCAUUGCUGCCAGCCAGAACUUCCUGCAGCCCGGUGGGAAGAUGGUAGCUGCAGCCAAGGCCACUGUCCCCACCAUCACAGACCAAGCCUCCGCGAUGCAACUCAGCCAGUGUGCCAAGAACUUGGCCGCGGCUCUGGCUGAGCUCCGCACGGCUGCCCAGAAGGCUCAGGAGGCGUGUGGACCCCUGGAGAUAGACUCCGCGCUGGGUCUGGUGCAGAGCCUGGAGAGGGACCUGCAGGAAGCCAAAGCAGCUGCCCGUGAUGGCAAGCUCAAGCCUCUGCCGGGAGAGACG